UAAAAUGAUAGCAAGCAUUGAGGCCGCUGUUACCGAGUAGACAACCGGUAAUUUGUGGGGUCACUUCUCGACACACUGGGUCUCACUACACUACCAUAUCUGUACGCCAUUGCGAAGCAGCCAAUAUCCGUUUGACCAGACACGAGGUUGCGAGGGUUCCUUUCAGGCGAAGUAACCGUGAUUGAAAGGAGCAGUUCUUGCGGCCCAUGUCUUUGAGAUGUUGGUCUACGCAACGGCGACUCUAGCCCUCUUGGUGGAGUUCUCUUUUUCAAAGCAACCAUCAGCUCCUGAGGCGUUCGCAUCUCCACUCAGGGAUCUGCAGUUCGGGCAGAUAAACUUCCUACAUACUACAGACACCCACGGCUGGCAUGCCGGCCACUUACUCGAGCCAUCUUUCAGUGCGGACUGGGGCGACUACGUCGAUUUCGCGGCACGACUGAAGGAGAAGUUGGACUCGGAAGGCCUUGACUUGUUGAUUGUCGACACGGGAGAUCGGAUCGAAGGCAAUGGCCUCUACGAUGCAUCCGAACCCAAGGGACUCUUCACUUUCGACAUCUUUCGCGAGCAGGACAUGGACAUCAUCUGCUCCGGCAAUCACGAGCUGUACCAGAAGAAUUCGUCCGAAAAUGAGUAUCUGAUCACUGUCCCGGCGUAUUCCGGCAGCUAUCUUGCUUCCAACCUCGACAUCAUUGAUCCAAAUACGGAGGAAUUAGUUCCCCUUGCACAAAGGUACAAGAAAUUCACCACCAAGAACCAAGGCGUUCGUAUCGUGAGCUUCGGGUUUCUUUACAACUUCGAUCGAAACUACAACAAUACUGUCGUGCAGCAAGUCGAGAGGACAGUUCAAGAGCCCUGGUUCCAGGAGGCCAUUCGCGACCGAGAAGUCGAUUUGUUUGUGGUCAUUGGCCAUGCCGCCGUACGGUCCGAAGAAUUCGAAAUCAUCUACAAGGCUAUCCGUUCCGUCCAAUGGGAUACGCCGAUCCAAUUCUUCGGCGGCCAUUACCAUAUCCGGGACUAUCGCAGGUUUGACAGCAAGUCAUACGGCCUCGCUAGCGGCCGCUUCAUGGAGACUAUUGGUUUCCAGUCAAUCGACGGUCUCUCCACGAACACCAGCGGUUCCAAUGCUGAGAAUCCCACGUUCUUUAGGAGAUACAUCGACAACAAUCUGUAUUCAUUAUAUCACCAUUCUGGCCACAACGCAUCGACAUUCCAUUCGGAGCGGGGCCGAAACAUUACAGAAGCAAUCGGAGAAGCUCGUGAAGCGCUUGACCUGGAUCAAACAUUCGGCUGUGCCCCAAGGGAUCUGUGGAUGAGCCGCGCUCCUUACCCAAGCAACGAUAGCAUCUUCUCGUGGUUGGAGGAAGACGUCUUCCCUGGCAUUGUCAGCGAUGUCAGACGAGGUGAUCGGCCGCGCCUCGUCAUCUCGAACACGGGAGCAAUUCGGUUUGACAUCUUCAAGGGAGCGUUCACCAAGGAUUCGACCUAUAUUAUCUGUCCGUUCACCAGCGGCUUCCACUAUAUCAAAGACGUGCCAUACAACAAAGCCAAGCAUCUGAUCAACAUGCUGAACCGCGGAGGUCCAAUCUUCGAGAAUGUGCAUCCUUCGUACGCCAUGUGGAAAUUGGCGCCGCCCGAACAAAUCGGUGUCAAAGAGGAUAUCAUCGUCUCAUCGGACCGCAAGCACGGCCACUCGCAAAUAUCUCUUUCGGGAGACGAUCGCGACAGCCUGACGCCGGGCUACACCACGCACGACGACUUGGGUGAUGAUGGCGACGAUACCAUCCACUCCCCGAUAUCCUUCUACCAGGUUCCUAACUGCAUCCAAUCGACCAUCAACCCACGCGCAGACAGCAUCAACCUCGACACCGACGAAGAUGUAGUCGUGGACGUCGUCUUCAACGAAUUCAUCGAGCCGUGGGUCAUCCUGGCCUUCCGGUUCCUGGGGCUCGAGUACUCGGACGACGACGUGGACCAGUACAUGCCUGGAGACAACCUGACGACCUUGAUCGCCAAGUGGGUCGCCGAGAACUGGAAGAUCCACUGCAAGGCGUGAGAGCCUGGGUCUUCGUGAGAUGAGGCAAAGAGCGAGAUGGGCGUCCGAAGACAAAAGUGUUCUCUCGGUCUUUGCAAACGUCAAAAAGAGGCGACUACGUGGAUAUCUAAAGACCGCUGCCGCCCGACGGCGCAUGCCCGAUUGUCGGCAGAUUGGAAAUACGGCGAUCACUCUCUGUUCUAUCUUGACUUUAAGCGCGAAACCAGGCAGAUACUUCCUUUUCGAACACCGUCCAAACUUGGCGUUGCCACCACAGCCUGCGUGCAGCUCCCGCCGUCCUGCAUGAUGAGCGGGAGGGAGGGAGGAAGAAGGGUGCCACAGCCCGAACAUAGAUCCUCGGCGGCUGCUUGUCAUCCACACAAGACGUUGCCGAUGUUCUCUCCAGCGGGUCUAACUGGGAAGUUGCGUCGGAUUUUCUGAUCGAGCCUCAUUGGCUCGCCGUCAACACGGAUAUAAGCCAUGUAUGAGCAGAUCUCCAUACGAGCAAAUGUGCCAGUAUAUAAGUGAUUAUAACCAUGAGUUCAGUUUUCGUCAUAAACCGGUUUAUCUACACAGAA